GGCGGUGGMGGCGGGCGGGGUGCCCGGCGGGGCGGAGGUGGUGUCCAGAGGAGGGGACCGCUGUCUUUGCGGCCAAGAGCCCGGGGCUGCGGUGUUCCCGUUCCCCUGUGCCGGGGUGCGGUCAUCGCCCGCUCCGAGCGGCUCCCGGUGGGCCGAGGGGUGCGGCCGCCUCCGCUGGGACAGCGCCGGGACGGUCCCGAGGCGACGGGGGCGCGGCCGGGGGGCGACAGGAGCAAACCCCGCAGUGCCGCCUUCAAAAAGUCCCAGUGUCCCGAAGUACCUGCAUUUCUUCGAAGGGCCGUCUCAGCUGCGGGUUAGAAAACCCCACAAAGUUUUCGUGUUUUGGAGGAACUUUUAAACAGGCGCCGAAGUCCGGCUAAGCCGAGAGGCGCCGGCUCYUUGCCGGGAGGCUGUGUCUGUGGAGGUACUGGACCAAGCUCUAAUCGCUCAAAAGCACUGCCGUAAGCCCAGCUGUUAUCCCUCGUCACCAGGGCUAAUCCAUACCCCAGUGUGGGUUUAAGCUCGCUGUGCCAGUUCAGAGGGCUUGACUCGAAGCCACGUCSUGCUGCCGGUGCCCUCUCCGCCCGUCCUGGGUCCGUCUGUCCGCACGAGCAGCGGGAGCGCUGGUGCCAAAGCGAAGACACGCAGAGCAUUAUGUCACUGGCAUCCUGGUUCAGGUGGAAUGAGCCCCCAAACCGCAUUUCCCAGAGGAACCCCACAGAGAUGGUGGUUGAAACGCUCAUGAUGGAGCUGAGCUGGCAGAUCAAGCAGGCAGAGAAGCAGCAGCGAGAGCGGGAGAACGAAUACCGCAAGCUCAAGACCGGGGUGGAUUACGGCUGGCUGGUCAGCUACCCAAAGCAGAGCUAUGACAUCAGCCCYGGAGAACGGCUGCAGCUGGAGGAUAUGUGCACCAAAAUACACCCUUCCUACUGYGGGCCUGUCAUACUCAGGUUCCGGCAAGUCGUUGCUGAGUACGAACCAGAAGCGCAGGAAGUGUCCCGGCUCUUCCGCUCYGUCCUGCAAGAAGCUGCUGAGAAGAUCAAAGAGGAGGAAGAGGCCAAGAAGCUUGCAAGGCAAUGGAACACAAAGAACAAAACCAGCCUCUCCUUAACAACGUUUAAAUCUCGGUCCAGGAUUUCSCCAUUCAUCAGUGACAUCAAGACCAUCUCUGAGGAUGUGGAACGGGGCACCCAGCCCACCAGGAGGGUUUGGAGCAUGCCAGAAUUUCGGAACACCAAGGAUUUCUGACUCUAUACUCAAUAAGGUUUUUAGACACUGAUCUUUCAAAAACCCAGUUAACCCUUUUUUAACUCURCUGUUUCUUCUUUUUUCCUCCUCUCUUUUCCUGCCUGUCUGUCUUGGAAGCUGUGUCCAUAGUAACCGCUGCUGAUGCCUGCAGUCUGCGACACCAUUUAUUACCAAACAUGGUAGCCUUUCCUUUAACUUAGUAGCUAUCCAGUAACCUUAAGGGCAAGGCUCACWUACUAUCUCAUUUUUAUUACUACUUUCUUGUGGAAAAUGAAUUAGUUUUGCUGUGUCUGUCUUCUCCCUUUCCCCUCCAGCCUGGAUGUAGUUAUCUAUAAAAACUUUUGGCUCAAGCUACUGAGAGCUGCUGGCAGGACCAAUCUUGCUGAAAGCAAGACAGCCACUUAAAUGAGUGAGGCUUGAAGGAUCAGGUUUAUAAGUUAAAGCUAGUAUCUGAUUUGGAACUGAACUUGCUUUUCCAACUAAUAGCCUUCCUCAGUGCUACAACAAACUUCACAGGUAACCUCAGCACUGCCCUUGAUCUGCUUUUUGCUGACAGUUCACAAGCCAACCCUGGYAGAAACAGACCCAAGCUUUUUAAGAUUAAAGACCAAUAAUGUUCCACAACAACUGGUUUAUGCAUGUUCAGGUUUCUUGGGUAUUUUCAGUGCAGGUAGAAYCCCCUGAACCCUGCACCUGCAGAGUAGAUGGAAAUAGAUCAACCUGCUGUGUAGACACACAGGUGGAUACCUCGGUGCAGUGUCAAGGGCUGUUCUGGGGCCUCAGUGCUCUGUGUUGCUGAGGUAAGUGCUCCACCUCACACCUCAGAAAUAAAUCAGUGGGCUGAAAUGAAUGUUUAUGGCCAAGCAUGAAAGUGUGCUGAAGGAGAGCACCCACGUACAGAGAAGGGUGAAAGGACUCCUCAGAAUUCAUCUCCAGGGCUCUCUCUACAGUGGCAGCAGUUGAGAUCAUUUGAACUCACGCUUGCUGCAGCGAGUGAUUGAAGGGCUCUGGCAGAUGAAGGCUGUKCUGAGACCUUCAAGAGUCAGGAAAAUGCCUCUAAGGAAAAGCUAGUAAGGCCCUAACUCAGCAUCUGCAGGGAGAGCUCUCAGCAGCAAAGGAAACAGUAGGACAUGCUGUGACAGUCAAGUGUCCUGCAGAGAACCCAAGGGCUGGGAUGCUUAGUGGUGACCAAUGGGAGAUGGGGAAUGAAGAGAGGGAUUUGACUGUAUGAGUGGGUUUUGGGGUAUCAUCCCAGUGGGGUAUAGUCUCCUGGAGGACCCUGUAGCUUUGUUGUUCUUUUGUCUGUUUCCAGCUAUUUUUCCUUGGGGAUCUGUGCAACAGCAUGUGGGUUCUACAGCCAAGAUUAAAGCCCUUUGAAGCUGUGCCAACUCUGGGAAGAAUUCCAGUACAUGAAAUCUAUCCUAGACUAGAAAUGUGCAGUUUCUUCCAGAGGUGGAGGAAGGCAGCAUAAAACAAAGAUCAAGAUCAAGCCCCUAAGCUCUCUGAGACUGGAAUUCUGGCUCUUCCUCUCUCCCCUCUGGGCUAUGUAAGAUUGAAGAUGAGGCUUUCUUACUAGCACCAGGCUGCAGUUUCUAUCCCUCAGUAAAUGUUGCUGCCAGCAACCCUCCUAGGGACAGAAAGCAGCUCACUUUUAAUCAAAAAGUCAGGGCUUCCAAAUACAACAUCCAGUUUGGGACAGGCUAUUUCAACUGCAGGUCCAUGAGGAAGAGUAUAAAGCCUCGUGACAAUCAGCUUAGUGUUUCUCAGCUGUACGUCCUUGUGAAGUAAUGUGAUUGCGUAGAUGAAGUAAACACAAAGGCUUGACAUACUUAGCAUAACCUUAGCUGUCUAGAAUAUGUAGGAUCUUUAGCAAGGGGUCACCACAAUUUGCAGAAAAAAAUCUUGUUUGGAAAAGAGCCAUAUUUUUUUUAAUAUAUUUGCAAACCACUGUAUGUUACUGAAGGCUGAGACAAGUUCAUUAAUUUCAUGCUGCAGUUCUGUUUUCAUUUUAUUUGCACUUAAGUUCUGUUUGACACCUUCAGUAUCAACCAUAUCGAUGCGAUGUUGGAUGGACUGCUGGGAGACACGGGGCAUUCUGACACACUGCCACAAAGCUCUUUGUUACAGUGCAGUGUCAGUAGUGUGCUCACCCUUUCUUAAGGAGAAUCAGCUGCACAUUGCCUCCCUACAGCAAUGUACCAAGCCAAGGAAAUCACUGAAGGGUGUUCACACUAUCACAGCAGCCUGUGAUCAUGCUGUGCCCUUCAUUAACAGCUUCCAGCUCGCAGACACCAUUCUGGUGCAACAGCCAGCAAAGGAKCCAGAUCUGCCCUUUGGUCAAAGCCCUGCAUGUUAUGGAGGUCAGGCUGUGGCACUGCUUGUAAUAGUUAUUUUUCCUCAAUUUAUCUAUCAUUUCUAAUUCCAAAAUAAAAUGUAAUCCAAACUCUUAAACAGUAUCACUCUCCCUGUACUUCUGUAGGUUACAUUGGGCUCAUAGUAGGAUCUGAUGAAAAGGGAUUUUCAGAUACCAAGCUAUGAGAGCUCUGUUGUUACUUCGUGCUAUCCAGUUCUCUUACAGGAGYAGAAGUAGGACCAUGUCUGCUUGUAGCCAGCUGCUUGGAGACUGACUGUGAGCUUCUGCACUGUGCAUGCAGCAGCAGGCACUGAAGCAGAGCUGGGAGGUGGUCAGGAUGCACGACUGCUGCCCUGUGCUUGCAGYGCUCAUUUUCCUUAGAAAUGCUGUAGACUGAACCAUAAAUGAUCCUUUGGUCACAGUAUGUAGCAACAACUGCCCACUCAUGUUUGCCUUGUCCUAAUUCCACAUUUGGUGUGACUAAUUCAGUGUCAGUUCAAACGAGGAGCAAGAAACUCCUGACUGUCCCCACCCACUGUGCUAUGGUCCAUGGCACUGGGCACACACAGCAGGCAAACCAAAUUGCUUCUGACUAAAGCCAACCCAAAUUAUCCAUUGCAGGUGGCUCAUAGACCAUAACUCUGGACUAACU